CCUCUCUCUUCCUCUGUUAUUCUGCCCAUUGACAUUGCGUACAAUACAAACUUCCCUGCAUUGACCCCCGAUCAGAACAUCUCACAUGCCAGCUUGUCUCAUCUUCAGUCUGUCAACACCUUCAUGACGUGAGCACUGUCACAACAUUCCAUCAAGCGCAGUCCAACCUCGCCUACCCCAGAUCGAUCCGCUUUGGACUGCAAUCCUCUUCAUUUAUCGCACAGUAUAUCUAGCAGCUAGUAUAACAACGUCAAGUGUUGAUUAAGCAGUCAUGGACGUGCUCAGAGAUACCGCUGAAUCAAUCAUCCUGAAUCCGGACCUCGCUCCCCUCCUAGCAAUCAUCAAAGCCGCUCGUAAUGGCGCCGUAUAUGGGGCCAAGGUCAGAUUUCCGCAUGCGCUUGUUAUGGUCUUUUUGUUUCGCUCGGGAUCCAUACGAGAAAAAGUACGAUUAGUCUUCAAAGCUACAAAACAACAUGCGAAAAACCUCGCGACAUUCGCGGCAGUCUACAAAUCCGCCAUGUUGGUAUUAAGACUUCUAAAUCCGACAAACCCUGGAAAAGAAGGACCAUACGAUACAUUUUUUGCCGGUUUACUGGGGGGUUACACCGUCUUCGGUCGCGCGAAGCAGGGCAGUGUGAACCAGCAAAUAGUCAUCUACGUUUUCGCCAGGGUCAUACUCGCUCUGGCGCGACUUAGCAUCGAACCGCCCACCAUGACGAGUACAACACCCACCCCGACGCUGUGGACGCAGAGGCUGUCACCCGAGACGAAGGCCAUGGUUCAGAGAAACGCCUGGCCUGUGUUUGCGAGUUUUAGUUGGGCUUUUGUAAUGUACAUCUUCAGAUGGCAACCCGAAAGCAUUCAACCCAGUUUGAGAAGCAGCAUGAAGUACAUCUAUGUCAACUCUGAUUACUGGGACUCCUUUAAGAAUUUCCUCAUCCACAACACCUAAAAGUGAAGGCUUUUGGGUCCUGCAUUUGACUGGCGUUGGUUGAAAAUGCACUAUGUGUACGGAUACGAACUUGGAUUUAGAGUAUGCAAGAACAUCAUGGUAUGUGCAUUAUUAUGUGAUAUGAAGAGCAUGUUAUAUUGGAUCAGCUGGUAGGGGCGUGACCACAUGGGUCAUCAAUACAGCCUUGGGUUACAUUUCUGGAUCUAUUUUACUUUCACUGGCAGCCACGACUCAGCCUCUUGGAUCACGCACAAAUAGCAAGAGUUGGAUUGGAAAAAAUCUCAGACAAAAAGAUUUGCACAGCUGAAGCCGAGCGGAAGACGGGACGAUAUACACGUAGAAUGGAUUGACUCAGCUAAGUGCGAACGAGUGUCUCUUCACACAAAUCUCACUGAUGCGAGCAAGCAUUGCUUCCAUCAUAUUCAGAAGACAGACAGACAGACAUCCAAUGAAGAAAAAUUUCCACAGA